UUUCGUUGUGGAAACCAGAGGAAGUAAAAAGAAUGCAGACGUCAUUUUCCUGUGCUGCUGCAGCUAGUGUGAAGUGGUGACGGGAGUCGGAUCGUCGAGAUCACUUGACUGUGGAAGGAAACGAUCACAUGGUCCAAAAUCUACCCAAUGAGAUGGCCGAAAAUGGGACAGACUGUGAACUACCCCAGAGGCGUGUAGGGUCCAAGGAGCAGCAGAACGGGAGCUUUCUGGACCCCGCGUCUCUCAGCGAGAGGAAGCGUCGGGAUCGGGAGGAGCGCCUGGCCCUGGUGCUGUGGAGGAGGCCCAUUCUCACCCUGCGCUACUUCCUGGUGGAGACCCUGAUCACCUUAAAAGAGUGGGGCUGGAGGCUGUGGCGGCGGAGAGGGGCGGUGUUUUCUGUCGUGUUGCUCUUUGUGUUCUUCUCCGUCGCGUACUCCAUCGAAGGAACGCAUCAGAAGUAUGUGCAGUACUUGGAGAAGAAGUUCCUGUGGUGUGCCUACUGGGUAGGCCUGGGCAUCCUCUCAUCAGUAGGCCUCGGGACAGGCCUACACACCUUCCUGCUUUACCUGGGUCCCCACAUCGCCUCGGUCACGCUGGCCGCCUACGAGUGCGGCUCCGUGGGCUUCCCCGAGCCGCCGUACCCCGACGAAAUCAUCUGCCCCGACGAGGACGUCCUGGACGGGAGCAUCUCCCUCUGGACCAUCAUGACCAAGGUCCGGCUGGAGGCCUGCAUGUGGGGCGCAGGCACGGCCAUUGGGGAGCUGCCUCCAUACUUCAUGGCUCGGGCAGCCAGGUUGUCAGGCGCGGAUCCUGAUGAUGAAGACUAUGAGGAAUUUGAAGAGAUGCUGGAACAGGCAGAGACCGCACAGGACUUUGCCACCAGAGCCAAACUUGCCGUGCAGAACAUGGUGCAGAAAGUGGGGUUUUUUGGAAUCUUAGCCUGCGCCUCAAUUCCUAACCCCCUGUUUGACUUGGCCGGUAUCACAUGCGGACACUUCCUGGUCCCGUUCUGGACCUUUUUCGGAGCGACCCUCAUUGGGAAAGCCGUCAUCAAGAUGCACAUCCAGAAACUGUUUGUGAUCAUAACGUUCAGCAGGCACAUCGUGGAACAGAUGGUGUCCCUGAUUGGUGCCGUGCCCUCGGUGGGGGCCUCUCUGCAGAAGCCCUUCCACGAUUACCUGGAGGCUCAGCGCGCCAAACUGCACCACCGAGCCGGAGAGCAAACGCCAGCGGGGGAAAACUGGCUGUCCUGGGUGUUUGAGAAGGUGGUGAUCGUCAUGGUGUGCUACUUCGUGUGCUCCAUCGUGAACUCCAUGGCGCAGAGCUACGCCAAGAGGACCCAGCAGAGGAAGUACGCCGAGGAGAAGACGCAGUGACGUCCCCAACCCUCCGGCGUCCGCGCGUUAGCGCGUUAGCACGUUAGCGCGUUGGCAACCAAACCGCAAAACUGACUCUUCCUGCCUUUUUUUUUUUUUUGUUUUUCGUUCUAUAACAGAAGCUGAAGUUGCGAAACUGGUAAUAUUCUGAAAGUCUGGCUGUAUUUAUGUUCUGUCUUCUUUUUUUUUUGCCACUGGGUGUGUGCGCGUGUGUUAAUUUGAGAUCUGUUGUAAUACCGAUGUGAAUGAUACUCUAGUCAUUAAGCAGUUUUCAUCAGCAGCAGCAGCAGUCUGAAAGCUGGUUGCUGGCACGGGUACUUGUUGUUGCAAGGGCUUAUGCAACAUAGUGAGUGCUGCUUCCAUUGAAGUGAACACGUAAUUCUUAACCGGCAGACUUGAUUUCUUUUACUUGAUUAUGAUGUGCAACUGUAGGGAUGAGUUUGGCUGAUUUAGAUAGUUGGCGCACUGUUCAGGUGUCACCUAUGACCUUUCUUUUUCAGGGCUUAAAUUCAGUUUUGAUUAAUUCCAUUUAUGUGUGUUUGUUAUUCUGUUCUUCUGUCAGUCUCAACAGGAUAGCAAUAGAAAAUCGGACAGACAUGGUAUUUAUACAGUUUGCACAUCCUGUAAAUACUUUUGUUCUUGACCGUUCGGUUCAGUUGUUCGUUCAGUAAUAUUAUAACAUUUAAUUUUGAAUCUAAAAAAAAGAAGAAAAAAAAUUAACUUUAUUCAUUCAUUUGUAGUUGUACAUACAGUGCUGCUAUAUUAAUGUCAUUUUUAACCUGUAAAUUUCAACUGAACUUUGGUCAGAAUUUAUAAAAUUGCCUGGAUCAGU